GUGAAAAAACAUAAAAGAUAAUAAGAAGAAAAUACCGAAACAAUAAAACGCAACUACAAAAAAAACGAAGAAACUUGAUUAUAUAUUUGAUAAUUUAACGCUAGAAAUUCCAUUUUAAUUAAAUAAAUAUAAAUAAAAAAGUAAAAUAACCAAAACCUAACAUGUCUGAAAAGAAAAGAUCCCGUAAACGUAAGGAAUACACUGGUCCCGGUGAGGAACACGUGGAAAAGCCCUCCAAAGAUGAAAUCAAAGUCGCCAAAUGGAUGAAGAAAAACAUCAAGACCAAGAAAACCAAAUUUUUAAGUCACAACGUCGAGUAUUUCACCUCAAACAAAGCCAUCGAUGGUCUCAUGAAAUCGAAAUUUGCCGAAGGUGACAAUGCACUUUUCACAACACGCGAUCAUGUUAUAGACUUUUUGGACCUUAUGUUGGAGCACAAGUUUUUCCAUCGUGCCAAAAAGGUGCCCAUUAGUUUAGAUGAUUUGCGUGGCGUAAAGACCUCCAAAAAAGAAGAAACCACAAAGGACAACAAGCAGACCAAGAAGGAAAAAGAUGACAAAAAAGAUACAGAAGCCGAAGCCGAGGCUAGUGGCAAUAAUGGUGUGAGUGAUGAGGCCGGUGGCACUUCGGCCUCGGGCGAGAAAAAGGAGAAAAAGAAGCGUAAAAUCCGUUUAGAUAUGCAUCCCGAACAGGUGUUCGUUGAUGGCUCAGAGGCCUAUGUUUGGAUUUAUGAUCCCAUACCCAUACACUAUUGGAUUUAUGGUUUAAUUUUAUUACUGGGCGCCAUAGGCAUCUGUAUGUUCCCCUUGUGGCCUCCAAUGUUGCGCAAGGGAGUCUAUUAUCUUUCUUUGGUGGCUGCCGGCUUUUUGGUAUUCAUAUUGGCUUUGACUGUAGUACGUUUAAUCAUAUUCACCAUUGUGUGGGCGGUAACGGGUGGCAAAUUACAUUUUUGGAUUUUCCCCAAUUUAACAGAAGAUGUGGGUUUCUUUGCCUCCUUCUGGCCUUUAUAUGAGAGCAACUAUGUUUCUGAAGAAAAAUCCUCCUCCAAAUCGAAAAAAUCCAAAUCAAAAUCCAAGAAAAAAGAAAAAGACAGUGAUGUGGAAGAUAAUGAGGAGGCCCCUGAUGCCAUACCUUUGGAACCCGAGAAAAUUGAGGAAAUCAAAGAACAUGAUGCCGACAUGGAACUAAGAUUGCGCAGCAAUGCUGGCUCUAACACUAAAGGCGAUACCGAAGAUGAUUCUCAUAGUGGCAGCAGUAGUGCCAAUGAAGCGCCUCAAGAAUCUGAUGUUAAAUGUUCACAAAAUCAAUCUGAAUCUGAAUCCGAUGGCAAAGAUUAUGAAAUAAUCAGCUCAAGUGAAGUGCAAAAUGUCAAAUGAAAACCUACCAAUUAAACGAAAAUAUCAACAACAAUAAACAUAUAAUUGUUAAUAAAAAAUGUCAACCAUUCUUUAAAUCAUUUAGUUAUUAAUUUGUAGAAAAAAAAACAGAAAAUAACUAAAACAAAAAGCUUAACGAAUUAAAUAUAAUUGUAAAUUAUUAUUAUUUUUUUUUGGCUUAAACAAGUUUAUUACCUUUCUUAAGCUCUUUAAAUACUAAAAACAAGUGUUAGAAACAUGACAGCUAGUGAUUGGCAAUGUCUUUUUUUAAAUGUAAUACUUAAAUUACUUUAAUAACUAGGGAAAAUUUAUAAAAAAACGCAUUUCUAUUAGUGCAUUUUUUUGUACAUUUAUUUAACAAAAACUCAGCAAACCCAUUAAUUAUUGCUAGAUAACAAAGAAAUUAUUUCAAAAUUUGGUUUUGUAUUUUUUAUUUACAAAUAAUUGAAUUUUUAUAUUUGAAACUCAUUGAAAGAAGAAUAUUUUAAAUUAGUGGUUUAAAAUAUUGGCAAUUGUUUUAUUUUAUUAUUAUUGAUGAUCAUUUAAUGUAUUGUGUUACCUAUAUAUUUUUUCUAUUAUUUACUCUUAUCUAAAUACUAUUAUUAAUAUUAUUGCUUGAAUACUUUCUUAAGUUAAUACAAUUUUAAUAAAAAUAAAAACGAAGAUAAAUGAAA